GCGAUGUAGGAGAGAAAUAUGAUGGAGAGGGAUAGAAGGCGUGACUUGAGAUAAAACUUAUCAAGCCACGGUGGAUCACGACGUACGUUUGUCAGGAAGACUCCACGAACUCGCUUUGAAAUAGCGGUUUCAGUAGCCUUGUGUGCGUUGUGACUGUCUGUGGCUCUUCUCUCGCGCUUCUGUUUCCCGUGAAAGUUGAAAGUUAAUUGUUAGACAGGCGCGAUGGAAACUUACGAGAGUGUCCUUCUGGUGAAGUCCGAGAUUUUUGUCUUCAAAAUUCCGCCAAGGUCAACCAACAGGGGUUAUCGGGCGGCCGACUGGAACCUGCAGGAGCCUUCGUGGACGGGACGCAUGCGAUUAGUGUCACAGGGAGAUAGCAUUACGAUAAAGCUGGAGGACAAGAUUACAGGCGAAUUGUUCGCCAAGUGCCCUAUCGAGCAGUAUCCUGGAAUUGCGGUGGAACCGGUCACCGAUUCUUCUCGAUACUUUGUUCUGAGAAUUCAAGAUGAUAACGGACGGUCAGCCUUCAUAGGUGUUGGCUUCUUAGACAGAUCUGAUAGUUUUGACUUGAACGUUGCUCUUCAAGAUCAUUUCAAAUGGUUAAAGAAUCGAGAACAAAUUGAGAAAGAGAAGGAGAAGCCGAAGCAGGAAUUGGAUCUUAGAUUCAAGGAAGGUGAAACUAUCAAGAUUAACAUGAAGAUCACUAAAAAAGAUGGGAGCGAGGUUUCGUCCAAAUCCAAACAACGUACUGGUGCAGCCACGGGUUUGCCACCACCUCCAGGUGGGGUCAAGAUUGCUCCACCACCAGCAAAGACUCCUACUUCCUCACCAGCACACAAACCGCAACAGAGUCAAAACCAAGAUGUUCCAAGUUCUGAGUGGGGUGAGUUUGCCAGCGCUUCUCAGCCGUCAGCAGCAGCAUCAGCAUCCACACCUACACCUGCAGUAGCCAAUGCAAGUUGGGUACAAUUCUAACUUUAAAAAUGUAUGUAUAAAUAUUUUAUUAUAUAUAGGGUAAUUUUGAAACAGAUGGUCAAAUUUUAGAAGCUCCUAAAAUGUUGUCAAAGUUUGUCUAUCUAUUUUUGAAUCACCAUAUAUAAAUAACUGAAAUAAUCGAUUAUAUAUAAUAGAUACACAAGAAGAGAGCUCCUGAUUUUAAGAGUGAUUGUUGAAAGGAUGUCUGAGCAGUAGCAGAAAUCAUAUAUAUAUAUAAAUAUAUAUAUAUAUAUAUAUAUAUGUAUGAAUGAAUGUAUGCAAGUAUGUGCAUAUGUAUGUAUGUACUUCAAUUUAUAGUGUGCGAUGAAAAUUAUAGCAGCAUUCUUGAAAGGGGAAACUUAUGAAAAAAUUUUAGUACUUAUAAAUAUCAUUUAAACAUUUUCGUUUCAAUUGCUUUCGGACAUCCAAUGUAUCUGAAGAUAAUACAGUUUUUAUAUGUGUAAAUGUUGAUAUUAAAAAAUGCAUUUAGUGCCUUGUAUAAACUAGUCCAAUAAACUAGGCAAAUUUGAACCAGAUUGCAAUAAUUAACACUAUCUGUUUAGUACUUACAAGGGGGAAUAUAUAAUAUUACUUUCUCAAUUUAUGACAAGUAAUAAUUAUUGAUA